UACUACCUACCACCCUUAAUCCACAGCUGUUGGGCUUCUUAACAGUGGGUUUACGUCUUGAAAGCUAAUUUAUUAUAAAUGAGCAAGUAAAUUGCAGAUUAGGCCUUUAAAGUAUUUUGGAGUUAAAGAAUUCAGAAAACUACAAUCUGUUGAAUUAAAACUCAAGAGCUGGGGGUAUAAGGAACAUCGCAUCAAACAAUGAACCCAGUGGCGCAAAUGGUGAGCUCGGCGAUGCUGCUGCUGCUGUACAUGUGGGCGCUUGGCGAGCCUCUCGGCACUCAUCGUGGGGCGAGGGCAGCCUCCUCUUAUCGCCGGGUGCGCGGUGGCCUCUGCACCUACACCUUCGUCAUCCCGCCCGACCUCUCUGCGUGCGCAUCCCUCGCACAGUCUAUGAGAGACGCUGAUCCGGAUGAAGAAGACUCGGACCGGAUUCACAACAAGGACAGGACUCGCAGUCCUGAUCGGAAGGGAGAUCUGGAAGCGGCGUCGCCUGUGGAUGGGGAUGUGUCAAAGAAGGACCUGGACGAGACGAGCGAGAGGAUACAGCAGCUAGAGUCAGCUCUGGGCAACGCCACGCUGCGUCUCCACAAGCUGGAGAGCACGGUGCGAGAGGCGGGCGGUGCGCGUGGGCACUCUGGCAUCACUCGUUCCCUCCAGAAGAAGGUUCUAGAACAAGCACGGAACAUUCAAACCCUUCAGCACAACAACAGGCACUUGGAGAGGAAGAUUACAGAGCUGGAGAGUAGGCGUGAAGUGACUCGGAGGAAAAUCUUGAACCAGCAGCCUUAUACAUCAACGACCACGAAUGACGAUGAUGGAGAUGAUGAUGACGAGGAUGAUGAGGAUGACAAUGAUGAUGAUGAUGAAGAAGAAGAAGAUGACGAUGCUCAUGAUGAUGAUGAUAAGAACAAUGAAGUAUCCAUACGCCACCAGUCCAGUGAUGAAUCUCAGCCCAAUAACCGCCUUUUGCAUGGAGGAAAAUCUCAACACAACACAACAGCUGUCCAGGGUCGAGCAAGAGGUGCCCAGGUUACCAGCGAAUUUAGAGGGGCCACGGCAUCUGGUGAGACCGGACGUGACAUCACGGUCCGGGGUGCUGCCAUCGCUGGUGUCUCUGCAGGGUCUGGUGGGCCCUAUCAGGACUGUGCCGAGAUCUACCGCAGUGGGCAGACGAGGAGUGGCAUAUACGUGCUUCACGUGUUUAACACUUCACACACGCUCAAGGUGUACUGCGACAUGCAGACGGAGGGCGGUGGCUGGACGGUCUUUCAGCGCCGUGAAGAUGGACAUAUCAACUUCAACCGCCCCUGGCAGGACUACAAAUUGGGCUUUGGGAGUGCGGACAGAGAGUACUGGCUGGGCAACGAGGCGGUCCACGUGCUGACAUCCAGGCGACCCCAAGCGCUCCGCAUCCUCCUCUGGGACUGGGACGAGAACCAGGCGUACGCCUCCUACGCUCGCUUCACCCUGAGAGGGGAGGCUGCUAGAUACAGGUUGCUGGUCAGUGGGUUCUCUGGUACAGCCGGCCGCUACAGCAGCUUGGUGCAGUCGGGUGCCGAGUUCAGUACCCGCGACCAGGAUCACGACCGCUGCCAGUGCAAAUGUGCCCAGCUGAGCUCAGGGGGCUGGUGGUUUGAGGCAUGUGGGCCCUCCAACCUCAACGGGCAGUUCUUCCCAAAGGGCUCCCACUACGGCCACUUUAACGGAAUCAAGUGGCACUACUGGCGUGGAGCCAGCUACUCUCUCAAAGCCUCCACCAUGAUGAUUCGUCCCGCCGACUUCUAACGGUGCAUGGCGGACGCACACACGCGCGAUGGUGCAUCAUGACGAUCGUCGGCAACACAAAUGCACGUCCGUUAGGGGUGUAAAAAUUAUUCGUACCGUUAUGAGUCGAUGAAUUGUUGCUAUUGAAGAUUCUUUUUUUUUACCCUGAGCUGUGCAGCACUCUGAUGUAUUUUAGGGUUGGUACAGCAAAUUGCUCGGCAUGUCGUCCGAUGUUCCCCUCCCCAUGCCGCAUGGGAGCUUCUUUCGGGAACCGAAUUCACUCCACGAUGUUGGGGGCGACUUCAGGGACUGCAUUCAGAAGAAGCUCACCAGCACGCAGAGUGAAAGGCGAACUUCAUGCCGAGCAACAUGCGAUUCAACCUGAAGGUUCAGCAGAGCUUUUUUUCUCAAUUUAGCCAGGUAAAUCUCACCGAGCUAUGAGCUCUUUUUUUAGAGGCGGCCAUCAAAGUGGCUUAUACCAAUCAUCGUCAUCAUAUGAGGGAAUUUAGAGUCGCAGCCCAAUAAUCUAAACGCAUAUUUCUAAAUCUGGUGGGCAAAACCGAAGGACCCUGAGAGAAAUCCACGCGUCCACAGGGAGAGAAUUUACGGUGCUAUACGGCGCAACCGCAAAAAACCUAAGCAGUAUUACUGUGGUGAAUAUAGCUACCAGUAUUGUAGCUGCCACGUGACUUAAUUACAAGCAACAUAAGCACAUGUACAGCCCUCGUUAGUUCACUGCUGGAUGAGGUUCUUUCCACACUGUGCAGGUCACGAGUGAUAUAGUUGACCAUACUUCACCACCCUAGUCAACAUGGGUUUGCGAAGGCAGGGGCGUGUGGAAGUACAGAAUAAUACUCGCUGCUGGCCACGACGCAGUCCAUGUAUAUUCAUAAAUGCAACAUAUACCAAUUGAAAAUAUACACAUUCAAUUCAAUCCUUGUGGCUUGAGAUUGAUAAUUGACAUUAACCCUUCAAUCGGGAGCAUUGCUGCACCCCGAAUACUUUGCACCCUCAGUUAAUUCUCCAUGAAAACCGUGGCAUGACUCGAAACAAUGAUGUGCGUAACGCAUUGAUGUUUGGUGGGCUCAACCACGCUUUAUGCUAGCGCUUACAUUUUAACCGCCUUCAUUUGUACAAUAUGUUACCGAAAGUACAUAACAUGUAUGCUGUAAUAGACAAUAGUAAUGUUGGAGAUGAUGUCGGUGUUAUUGAUAUUGGAGUAGAGAUGCAGUAAAUGACAGUGCUAAUUUUUGCUGGAGGAAAUCUCUUCAUAUUGUAAUGCCAGUGGUGGACAUGUGGAUUAAAAUGAUUUUGAUGAUGGUGCUCUAUUAGUCUCUGGGAAAGCACAAAGAACCGUCAGAUCGUUCAUUGUAGUGGUGUAAUCAACCGUUAUAGCGAUGUGUAAUCAACCGUUUGAACGAUGCACCGCACACAUGACCACGGGCGCAAAAUUGCGACAGUGAUGAGUGACAGACUUUAUGCUCAUCGCCAAGUGUCGCUCGCCCUCACUGGCUUUUCUCUGCGCUGUAAUACAGCAUCUCCAAUUCGCACCUCAACCACUUGAGGCAAGUCUGAGUCCAAUGGGAAACCAAUGCCACGAAUGCAACAGCAGUAGUUGCCUCCAUCAGAUGUGGAAGUGGCCUACAACAAAAGUGGUCUAUUCCAACGGCUGGCGUAAUUGCUAUAAUUCCGCACAUCGCACCAUUUAUAUUUUCUUCGUACGGCUUAUGUUCAUGUAGAGCAACAACGAUAAUUUUACGAGUGGCUGAGCCAGAUAAAUGUGUCAGGAGUAGUGGAGUGUAUCACACCGAUGCCUCCUUCGUAUUUGUCAAUCGCGCAUUGUUGAGUCGUUAUAUAUGUUCCAUCGUAUGUUAUGUGUAACCAGUCGCACACUGGAGCGUUUUUUUAUUUUCCAUUCGUGCAUCAGCUAUCCGCAUCUGCCAUGGUCUGCGCGGAUGAGGUUUGUUUGCCUCAAAAUCAUUUGUAUUGCAACUAGGAAUGGCAUUAAGACAGUUCCAAGUAUAAAACACAUGUAGUGUAUUAGAACAGUCCAAUAGCACAUUAUUACGAUAGCUGUGCUGCAAUCGUAUGAUCUUUGUUCACGUGCUGAUAAUCCUCUUAACGCAUCAUGCCCACCGUGGGUGAACUGCUAUUGAUGUCACCAAUAGGGAAUUAUCUGAAUGUUGACACAUUAAAGGAAAACACGUUUUUUGUUUUUGCGCUUAAUUCAAGCAUUGAGAGGGAUAAUCGGAAUGCAGUCACCUAAAAACACCAUAUAAACGAAUCAUUUUCUAGAAUGGGGCCGACAAUUGACUACACGGCACACCAAUUUGCAAAAAUUACCUUCAUAACUUAAUCAUACAAAUGGUAAAAAAAGCAGUGGCUCAGCGAUAGUGAGCAGCUCACAAUCUGAAGGUUGCAAAUUCAAAUGCUGGUUGGGUGUCAAUAAAAUGUAUACCAUUCAAUCUUGAUUUGACGCUUUCGUGACUGCAAGAAUCCAUACUCUUUGGUUCUUUCGGUAAAGUCACGUAGGUAUAAAAUAAAUCACGACGUUUCGGACGCAACACAAGCGUCCGUCAUCGGGUGGGAAAGCAUGGUCUGCUGCUGAGGCAGCUGAAACAGUCUGACGGACGCUUGUGUUGCGCCCGAAACGUCGUGAUUUAUUUUAUUUUAUACCUACGUGACUUUACCGAAAGAACCAAAGAGUAUAAUUUAUACCAUUUUAUGGAUAUACUCGCCCAUGCAACAGGAACGUGGAAUUUCCACCACUGGUUCAGGGCUGGCAAUAAAUGAGAACUGCUUCAAUGCUCAGUUGAGCAAGAAAUCACCGUGACUUUUUUUUUCUCCACGAUGUAACUUAGAAUAUUAAGAUGCAUUAUUACUAAGGUAUGGGUUUUUAACAUUUCUACAAAGACACGAGGCAAACAGAAAUCUAUGCGCAUUAUUUUAUUGUUUUAGUGCAGGUAUAUGCCACGCGUCACAUCAUGCAAAUCACGCGUGUGAUGCAAUGCGGCCGUCGCACCUGGACGCAAGGGCAUCAAUCUUACAGCCCCCGGUCCAGGUGUGGUGCAAACCAGUGGUUUCCAACCCAUAGUCUGCGAGUCAACGGUGGUCUGGAAGGCCACAGAAAAGUGGCCCCACGGAACUGGCGCGGGUAGAUAUUACGGACAUUCCAAUUGUUUCACAAAACACCAUAUUGUUCGUGGUCCAUUGCACAACUAUUUAGAAUGGUCAAUAAAAUAUUAACAAUUGUGAUGGUUUCUCAAGUAACGUUUUACAACGCUUAUCGAAGUAAUUUUAAGACAUUUUUAAUUGGUGCAAGAUGGUUCGCAAAACGUUUUGAGAGCUGACGCAGCUCCGCGGCUCCAGAAAGGUUGGGAACCACUGACCUUAACCAUCGAACUCAAAUCUUUAUCACAUUUUAAUUCUACUGCAUUUAUAGAAAUACGAAAUUAUCUGACCAUGUGUUAUGGUUUCCCAGUUCUCCACUGCAAAAAAAAGAUAUAAUCUCAAAUGGUUAAUGAAACACAACAAAAUGUAAAACAAAAUCCAGUGUAACUACGUGACUUUACCGAACGAACCAAAGAGUAUAUAAACACUAUGUUGUUUUUCAUUAUUCUUUUCCAAAAAGCACUCCAACCUGCCCUCAUCCAUGUUCUUAAUUUUAUUGCUUUGAUCCCAAUGUGAUUUAAAUAACUGCCAAAUGAAGCGUUUUCCAGUUGUCCGACAGAUAACAUUUUACUGUUCAGCACGCUUUGCACGUACUGUAUUUAUCUCGAGCCCCACUUUGCAUAUUUGUUAAACUUACGUUCUUCUAUAAUUUCCUAGAGUUAAUUUCCAUAUCUCGUUAUUAUGACAUCGCCUAUACAGGGACUCCUCUACCUAUCAACGAGUUAGGUUCCAGAGUUAUGUUCGUAAGUCGAUUUGUUCAUAAGUCCAACUUUACUCCUCUCGAUCCAAACAUAUUGUACAGCAUGUACACUAAACACGGGGAAUGACUUUAAAAGUUGUAUAAUCUCUUGUAGAUUCCACCACCGCCAUCUAUUGCGUGGCGGUUGAACUUAUGACUCUCGUUCGGGACAACUGGACAUACGGACAGGUUUGUCCAUAUACCGGAAAGUUCGAAGGUCGAAUGUUCGUAAGUAGAGGAGUCUCUGUAUUUAAGCAUUACAUUUUUCCAAUAAGAUGUUCAGUAAACAUUCUAAUGCAGCUCUGAAUGACACAACUGUUACCUUGACUCCCCAUUUAGCAUGCAUUUUGGUACUUUGUUCAUCCACUCUCAAGUCAAGCUGCUCCAUUCUUAUCAUCGGGAUAUUAUUAUUUCCGAUCAAAUGUAUUUAGGCCUCGAGUUUGCGAGAGAAAUUAUUGCAUCAAUUUCCACCGACUCAAAUGUCUUGUCAUAGUCAACAAUGGCUCGGUUAUGAUCAUUGAUAUGUCUUUGAUAUUCACGUCUUUUUCCAGUGAUUUCCGUUAACAAAAUGUGUACAAGUGUUAUAAUAGGAAAAUUAUAAAACGGGUUCGUCUUCCUAAAUCUGUUUGUAAAACUGACACACCUCUGGUGUUCUGCUUACAAGUCAGCCUAUUCCUAUAAAAAAACACAAUGGGAAACCAAUAUUAAUGACCCACCUGAAGACGAUUGCUUGUGUGUUUUUUCUACCUACGUGACUUUACCGAAAGAACCAAAGAGUAUGACCAUUAAUUCUUAUCAAGGCUGAUAAUUAACAAUCAGCAACAAGGCCAAACCUUUCCAGUUAAGGAAAACACGUUUAACUUUACCUAUUAAGCUAUUAUAAUUUAUAUUAACAUAGUCAUAGGUUAAAAUUAGUUGCAUAUGCUAUAAAGGACUUUGCUCUAUACCAUGGGUUCUCAACCAGGGUUCCAUAGACCCCUAAAGGGGCUGCAGGUAUCAUUAAGGGUCAUUGAAAGACCAAUGGAUCUUGCAGGGGUAUGAAAAGUGACAAGGAGGUUGCAAUUAAUCUAUACACCAGCAACUAUACUAAUCCCUAACCCUAACCAACGAUGCAACUGUCAGAGCAACUCACCACCUUCGUCAUUGACACCACCCUAUAACAGCAAGGCGCGUGGCGUACAAUACUGUCAUAGAAGGGUAUUUUGGGUGACGAUUCUUCUGCGGAAGAUAGUGCAAAACAAAUUUCACUGGCAUAGCUGGAAGCGGUGUUACAAUGAAGUAGGUGGUGAUGUCCUUUUAUCUGUGCUUCUACACCACUCUCAUAUGUGGUGUCUAAUUAAUUGCUUUGGUUAUAAAUACAGGUUAACAGGUUCAGUGGCAUUUCAGUAGUGGUUUAAAGAGGUCCCAAGUCCAACACGAUGAGGUUGAGAACCACUGCUGUAUACUGCACAUUAAGAGUAUACACUUUAUAUAAAUAUAUGUGCACACCAAGAGUACUGUACGUAUACAGUAUAGUUAUAACUCUAUAAAUCUGUAGUAAUAACGUUGCUAAUAGUGCACUCUAUUCAAAAUGCUUCCUCAAAUUCCUUUUAGGUUAAGUUGCAUCAUUAAUACAUUUGCGCAUGCAGCCAACACAUGCAAAAGAAUUGCUUAAUAAAAUGUUAAUUUUGUUAACACUCGUCAGUCGUCAGUGUUAGUUAUUAACUGUUAAGUGUACCGAUGGCCCAAUUAAUAGCAUGUAUAACACACUCUCCACCAACGGCCCAUACACACACACCUGUGCAAUAUGCUUUCCGUCACGCCACCCACUCAACACAGAAAUUGUUAGCGUGUGCGCGUCAUUGCACAUGACAAUCGCACACUACUUUCCACUGGGUAACACACACGCCAUGCCCUCGACCUCACUAAUAUGUCCCGUCCCAUUCUCACCACGUUCAAGCUCGUGAAAUCACAUGCCGAAGCACAAAACAUGUACGCACCAGUGCACACUCCUUCAAUAACUUUGCAUGCACAUUCAAGAUAGCGUCGUUUCUGUGUGGAUGUGUCACGUUACACGUGCACAAUAACUUUCCCAUCCACAGCACAUUCUUACUGGCUCUCCGUUAUCCGACAAAAGUGUGCAUUCAGUUACCAGCUAACACAUUUUUCAAGCUAUCCUUUAUAGGCUACUAGUUACACGCAUUCACCUAUGAACCAACACGUAUACGUGUGGGUCACUCGUUACUACUUAACAUAGCACACUGCAUUCGUGUUAAUUUCACAUGCAUGCACGCACACACUACCAAUUUCUCACUAGAGUAAUGACAACCACACAUCACUAUCCAGUCUGCAAUAUAUCACACAUACAAUAGCUUUUCGCUUCACAAAUAAAUCCCACAAUUCCACAGGUUCACGCUCAUUAAUUCACACUAUCUCAAUCUCACAAGCAAAAGCUAGUAC